UAUUGUUAACUGAAAGCAUAAAGAAAAGGAGGGAUUUUUUUGGGCUGAAGAAAAUCUAAGCAUGGAGGUGGAAGUGGAGGGUGAAGAUGGUUCCAAAUUGGCACUGGAAAAUGAUGAGGAAACUGUGUUUGGACGAGGUUGUGGAUUCAGCACUCACGACCGCACAGUUUCUCGUCGUCACGUGUGUUUCAAACUCCAUCAUUCAGACUCAGAGGUUGCUGAUGCUAAUGCUAGGGUUUCGUUCGAAGUGAUGGGGAAGAACCCCUUUUGGGUGUACGACGGAGAAACGCUUCGGUUCUUCAGAAAGUUCGAGAAGGGUCACUUGCAACCCGGAGACCGUUUCUGUUUCUCUCCCAGCGCACCUCUCUGGUACUCCUUCACUCUCACCAACAAGCAACCUCUUCCUCAGGUUAACCUUGACGAAAUUAACAUUUCGGAAAUCGAUCCCGUUAAAGAGUAUGGUUUUCUUGUGAUGGGGCACGAGUUUGACAACUAUCCUAAGGGGAUGAUUCGGAACGCGAAGAAUUGGGAGUGGUUCCUUGAGGAACCUAGAAAGGAUAGCGAAGAUGAGGAAGAUGAUAGUGAGAAGAAGAGGAAGAGAAUGAGGGGGAAACGAAAACUGGGUAAGGUAAACGAAGAUGAUGAGUGGACUGGUGAAAGUGAAGAUGAUAAGGGCGUUGUUGUCAGUAUGCGGAAGAAGAAGCUGCCCAGGUACUCCACAAGGUCAAAAGACGACAAAGGAGGUAACAAAGAUACCAAAGCUAGUAAAAUUUCUAAAGGAAAGAAAACAGCCACUGAUGAAGAAGAUGAAGAAGAAGAAGAAGACGGAGAUGAAGAUGAUGAUGAUGAGACACUGAGUGGAUUCAUUGUUGCUGAUGAAGAUGAUGAUGAUGAUAAGGAGGAGGAAGAUGAAGAUGAAGAAGAGGAAGAGUUUAAAGAUGAGGAUGAUGAUGAUGAAUUAGAUGAUUAAAUCCACACCAAAACAUGAAGCUGUGUUAUGAUACCCAUCAUUGUGCCAUGCUUGAUCUGUUCCAUAAAAUAGCACCUGAUCCACCCCACUGAUCUAUGAAGGACUGCAAUUGGAGCCUUAUAGAAGCCACUGAUUAUGGCCAAAUUCAACACCAACUCUGUCCUGAAGAUAAUAUAUGGUGCCAUGUUAGGUCCAGCCAAGAGCAAGCAGGACUGAACCAGAUUCAUGUUAUGGACACAACUUGGUCUGAUGAAGAGGAUGGAUCCAUGAAAGAUCCCACCUUUUGUUUAAUAUAUAAUUAAGUAAUUGUGUUUUUACCUUUAUCACUACAAUUUCAAUAUAUUGAAAGAAAAACAGAAAUAAAAUCCAAGAAAUACUGAAGAGAAUAUGUUUGUUCUGUGU